AUGGCGAAACAAGGCUCCUUGGGCCUCACUGAGGCCGAAAUCCUCAAAGAAAAAGGCGAGGACCAUGUGGAAGAAGUUGUCCUCGCACGUCUGACAGAAGAAGAUCUAUGGAAACUAUCUGAGGAAUCAUUGACUGUAUGGUCCUGGACCGGGGUUCGCUUAUGUCUCAUCAUGUUUGUGCACGGCUGCAAUCAAGCCGGGUUCGGCAUCGACUGGGGUGUGAUCAGCGGCAUCAAUGCUCUACCAGCAUGGCACAACUAUUUCGGCUUCGACACGAGCGGAAGCACAUAUGGCUUGAUUAACGCCCUGAUGAGCAUUGGUACUGUCUGCGGCGCGCCUUUCAUGGGAUUCGCGGAUGUCAUUGGGCGUCGCGGGAUCAACUUCACGGGAAAUGCAAUCGUGAUCUUCGCCGCCAUUCUCCAAGGAUGUGCACCGAACCUACCAGCUUUUAUGGCGGGUCGGUUCUUCAUGGGAUUUGGCACGUCGUUGAUGUCCAGCUCUCAGUACAUUGGAGAAAUCGCCCCCAUUCAUCUUCGAGGUCGGAUGGUUGGCUUCUUCGGCGCUUGUUUCCAAGUAGGCAGUCUGGGUUGCCUGGGUGCCAUGAUUGGGUUGUCCAACUUGUCCGGGAACAACGGCUGGCGUGUGCCUCUGAUCCUCGAAGCUCUUUUCCCAACAAUUGUCUGCUCGACGAUCUACUUCCUGACUCCCGAGUCCCCGCGGUAUCACGUCAUGAGAGGUAAUCGUCAAAAGGCAAAAGAGAUCGUGGCCAAGUACCACACAACCAGCACCGAUAUCAACGAGCCAGUCGUGGAGAUCAUCGUCUCGCAAAUGGAAGAAUCACUGGAAAAUGACCGUACAGGUUUCCGAGACUUCUGGGAUUAUCGUGUCUUUUUCACCAAAAUGGCUCGAUAUCGGCUUCUGGUGCUGACGCUGUACUCCCUGUUCCAGCAGUGGUCGGGGGGCUCAAUUAUUACCUACUAUAUGGUCGACGCAUUGAAGACGGUUGGCAUCACUGGAAGCAAGCAACAACUUGGGAUUUCCAUAGGCACAACAGCAGUCUAUUUUGUCUUCACCGCUGUCGGAUCUUUCUUGGUCGACAAGGUUCGCAGACGUACCCUCAUUUUCACAGGCUUGAUCAGCAUGAUCGUCUUCCAGACUGCAACAACAAUUACUUCAUGGCAGUACAGUAUGCACGCUACCAAUGCCGCUGCUGCACUAACCCUUCUCUGGAUUUUCCUUUUCCAGACGUUCAGUGCCACAUUCGUCGCGACUAUGCACAAUUUGUACCCUGUUGAAAUCCUCUCGUUGAGUCUCCGUGCCCGAGGCAUGGGUCUCUACAGUCUGAUUCAGGGUGCAGCCAGCGCUGUGCAGACCUAUGGAAUAAGUGUCGGCAUUGCCAAAGUAGGAUAUAAGAUUUGGGUCGUCUUUAUCGUCUACAACACAGCGCAGCUCAUCCUCUCGUACUUCAUCUUCCCCGAGACAGGCGGGCUGAGCUUGGAGGAAAUUGAUACGGUGUUUGAAACACCAGGUGUUCCGCCAGUCAAAAUGUCGUUGGAUAUUCAACGUGCGAAAAGGGAGAGACUCAGAGCAGGGACGGGUGAGGAGGCUGGAUAG